AUGGCCAUAGCCACGUCGGCCCAGCUGGCCCGGGCACUCUACGACAACACUGCUGAGUCCCCCCAGGAGCUGUCCUUCCGCCGAGGGGACGUUCUACGGGUCCUGCAGCAGGAGGGUGCAGGCGGGCUGGAUGGCUGGUGCCUCUGCUCCCUGCAUGGCCAGCAGGGCAUCGUGCCUGCCAACAGAGUAAAGCUCCUUCCCACUGGCCCAGCACCCAAGCCCAGCAUCUCCCAGGUGCCCCUAUCUCUGCCUGGCUCACCAUAUCCAGCCCCAGAACAUGGCAAUAAGGACCAGGAGGUGUAUGUGGUGCCACCCCCAGCUCGGCCCUGUCCCACCUCCAGACCUCUGGCUGGACCCUGCCCGCCUUCCUUUGACCCCAUCUACAAGAUCCCCAGGGGCAGUGGGAUCCAGCUGGCUGCCCCUGGAAACACUUUAGAGGUCUAUGACGUGCCCCCAACUACCUUCCGGGUUCCCUCCACUGGCCCCUAUGACUCCCCUGCCUCCUUUUCCCGCCCUCUGGCCCAGAUGGCCCCACAGCGUCCUGGAGAAGAUGAAGCUCCCUAUGAUGUGCCUCUGACCCUGAAGCCACCGGCAGAUCUGGAGUGGGAGGGAGGCCGGGAACCAGGGCCCCCCCUCUAUGCUGCCCCCUCCAACCUGAAACGAGCGUCAGCCCUGCUCAAUCUGUACGAAGCCCCCGAGGAACUGGUGGCAGAGGGGGAGGGUGGGGGCCCUGAUGAGGGCAUCUACGAUGUGCCCAUGCUGGGGCCAGAGGAACCCCCUUCCCCGGAGCCCCUAGGAGCCUCAGCCUCCAAUGACCUGGACACUCUGCCCCUGGUUUUGGCCAGGAGCCCCCUACCCCUACACAGGCCUUGGCUGCCCUCAGCUGAGAGCCUGUCCCGCCGCCCUCUGCCUGCCCUGCCUGUCCUGGAGGCACCCAGACCCUCUCCUGCCCCAGACCGAAAGGGCAGCAUCCAGGACCGGCCUCUCCCGCCGCCCCCGCCCCACCUGCCUGGCUGUGGGGCCCCCAAGGCUGAAGGGGAUCCAGAGGGCGGACAUGUGGAGGAUGAUCCAGAGGGCCACCACAAUGAGUAUGAGGGCAUCCCAAUGGCAGAGGAGUAUGACUACGUCCACCUGAAGGGCAUGGAUAAAGCUCAGGGAUCUAGGCACCCGGAUUUCCCAGGGGAUCCUGAACUGCUGGAGAGGGAGCUGCCAGAGCAGCAGGAUGCACAGUCCCCAGGAGAGCCGCUGGUUCUGCCUGCCAGAGACCUACAGCUCCUGCAUUUCUACGCAGGGCAGUGCCAGAGCCACUACUCAGCGCUGCAGGCGGCCGUGGCAGCCCUGAUGGCCAGCACCCGGGCCAAUCAGCCCCCUAACCUGUUCGUGCCCCACGGCAAGCAGGUGGUGGUGGCAGCUCACCGCCUGGUGUUUGUCAGAGAUGCUCUAGACCGGCUGGCAGCCUCAGACCCUCUGCGAGCACAGGUCGGGGCUGCAGGCACAGCGCUGGGCCAGGCGUUGCGGGCCACCGUGCUGGCUGUCAAAGGGGCCGCACUGGGCUACCCAUCCGGCCCUGCCGCCCAAGAGAUGGCACAGUGUGUGGCAGAGCUGGUGGGGCGGGCCCUGCAAUUCUCCACCCUGCUUACCAGCCUGGCCCCCUGA